AUGACUUCCUUCAGCUCUCUUCUCUCGACUCUGGGCGACAAGUCACAGGCUGCACAAAGUCCGGCAUCGAGCCGGUCAACGACUACUCAAACACUUACGAAAGCAGACGGAGCAGCAGACCGCUUCAAGCUCACCCCCAACAAUGCCGUAGCAGGUGUGAAGAGGCGAUCAGAAGAUCCGGACACCCAGCAGCCGACAGCGAAGACGAUCAAGACUGAGCAGGGCAGCACAUCUGGACGACCGAUAGCAUCUUCCGGACGGUUCCAAUUAAGCACGAAGAACACCACAGCCAAGGCAGCGAACACAGCAACAUCAGCCUCGGCGACUUCAGCAAGACCAUCUGUCCAACAACCUCUCAAGAAUGGAGUCGGCAGCACACCAACCCCGCCCGGCACAGCAGAUGGUCCAACCAAGUCAAAGAAAGGCUUCGCAUCCAUCCUCGAACGAGCAAAAGUCGCAGAAGCAGCGUCGAAAGCUACAUCAGGUGGAGGAAUCAAGCAUAAACCUGUGGAGAAGCUGACGAGGAAGGAGCGGGUGAAGUUGAUGGAGGAGGCCAAACUGCAGAAAACGGGCAGGAAAGGUGCGCUCGCAGAUCGCAGUCGAAGUGGGACGCCGAACAGUAUACCAGGACUAAACGGCGCGAAGAAAGUUCUACCUCAGGAGACAUCAUACAAAGGCACCAUGAAGAAAGCCGCCGCGGAACCCCUGUCGUACAAAGGCACUAUGCGCAAAGCCGACCCCUCUGCUCCCAAACCGCCUCCCAAGAAGGGUCUCGCUCAGGAUAAAUAUGGCGGCUACGCCAGCUGGGACGACCUGGACGAUGCGGAGGACGACGAGAUCGAGGAUGAAGAGGAAGGUGGGUAUGACGACAGCGAGGACGAUAUGGAAGGUGGCUUCGAUGAGCUGGAGGCUGAGGAGGAUGCAGCGUUGAAGGCUGCAAGGCGGGAGGACCAGGUUGCUUUGCAGGAGGAAGGCAGGUUGAAGAGGGAGAAGGAGGAGAGGAAGAGGAAGCUGCUUGCUUUGAGUAAGAGUAUGGCUGGGAAGAAGAAGUUUUGA